GAAUUACACGCUCGCCAAGGCAAGCGGCUGGCUUCAUCCAUCAGCGUUUUAUCGCUUUGUGCCGCUCACCUUUGUCUUGCAGCAUGGCACCCCGGAAGAAGAAUCCGGCGAUCAAGUCGUCUGGCGCAACUUCCUCGAAAGCGUCGCCGUUGCCUGACUGGGUGAAGAACAAGGACGUUGCCAAGCCGCCACCGUCGUAUACCAAAGAGGGACGUCAAGGUGCCAAGACGGGCCAGUCGGGAGCCGAGCGGAGCCAAGGAUCGAGGGGUAGCGGAAACGGCGAUGCUCAUUCCAAUGGCAGUGCUACUGCCUCUUCGAACACAACCAUCGUAGCCGCAGAAUUCCCCAAUGGCGAACGUGAACGCGAUCCGCCAGUGCAUCUGUUCCCACCCGGUUCCAAGGCACCUUUGAAUCUUCUCUAUGAGAAAAUUCAAAAGCUCAACAAGGAAGGCUGGGAGAAGCCCUCGAUUGAGGUGCGAAAGCUGCCGCCUCAUGUCGUCGCAACCUGGGUCGGGGCAAACACCAAGUUACAAAAAAACAAAGAGACGGCAAAGGGAAAUGAAAGUACCAAGAGAGGCAAAGCAAAGGAGGAAGGGGAAGACCCCUCAUUAGAGGGCGCCGAUCAGGUGGACGAAGCGACACUCAACGCUACUUUGGGAGUUGAAGCUGGUAAGGUGUUGCCAAUCAAUUCGCCAUUCACCGUCCUUUCGAGCUCUACAAGUGCUGUCCCUGACUCCGUGGCGUCAGCAUAUACGGCCACGGUUAUUCUUCGCAAAAUAAACAAGCAGAAUUUGUCCGAGCCUUUUACCGUGCGGAUGACACCGAAUGACGAGCGACUACACCCCGAGCUUAAGGUCUUUGCCGAGACUGCUCUGCAUGCUAAGCAUUGGGUCGCGACAUAUGCCUUAUUCAGGCUAUAUUCUAAUCUGCCCAUGCACCGUAUUCUUCCAGCCGGUCCGAGAGAGUACUGGCUGCACCUAUCCGCAUUCAAAGACAAGCACAGCAGCAGCGGAUCGUCAAAGUACAGCAGUGGCAAGCCAUCUUCGAACCAAGCCUCCGGCUCGUCGGCGCUCGGCGCUUCGGAUCCAAGCAACAACACUGCCAAGCGAUCACCAAGAGACAUUGACUUUCUAUGGUCAGAAGACCCUUUCGAAGCACAGGCGAAACGCGAUGCCGCACGCUCAGAGCGCGAAAAGGCGCGCGCGCAACACAAUGCUGUGCGACAAGCUAUCGAGCGAGGUGAUCAUGAAACUGCUGCUUCUCUUGCUGCCGCCAGUGCUGGCGGCGGUAAUGGUGUCCAUGCGGGAAAAGGGAAGAUGAGCCAGAUCUGGGCAGACGCAAAAGAGCUAUACUUGCCUGCUAGACUCAGAGAGUUGAUUGAAUCUACCGUCAAAAAGGGGUUUGAGAUGUUUCCCUUGGCGGCAGUGGCGGCCGCAGGAACUCCCUCGCCUGUAGCGUCAAGGACCUCGACCCCCGAUGUCAGGGCUAAGAAUGGCCAACCUGAUCCCGCAGCGACAGAGGCUGAGCCCGACGCCGGACUUCUCUCUGAGUUGCAGAAACUCGGCUUUAGGAAAGGCUACGCGCUCAGUGCCGCGCGAUGGGUAGCCAAUGCACGCUUGCGUCUGGCGUCUGGAUCGUUCGCAGCCUUGGAGAAUGCACCAGCUGCGCUGCUAGCAGCCGUAGCUACUCAAUCGGACAUCGAUGCGGCUCUUGAGUAUCUGCUGGUCUACACACCGGAGGAAGACCUUCCACCUGGCUUUAAUGCAAAGGCGAAUGGCCAGGCCAGACGAGAGGAGUUCGUCACGUCCAUUACCUCUGGCGACGGUGGCGGAACAAAUGCGGGCGACCUGAACCUUCGUUGGAUGCUGGAUCGCCUGGUCAAAAUGGUCGGGCUACCGCGAAACGCAGUGGAGAGCGUCGCGAAGAGCAUGCAGGAUGCUGAAAAGGACACCGACUUGCAGGCGCGUUGGCCUAAGGCUUGGCGACAAGCGAUUCUGCUGGACAUGCUGCUUCGCAGGCUUGCGGGUUGGGACAACCAAUCCGCUGUCGGAUCCAAUGGUCCUUGGAGCGCACACGGCGUCAUGGACGCUACAUAUGCCAUGGUGCGCUCGACAAAGGAGGACACUGAGGAGCGGCGCCAACUUUUGCUGGACGAGAAAGUCGCCGUGCAAGCGAUCCUUGGCGAUGAGCGCGUCGUGGCCGUAAAGGAAAGCGAAUGGCCUACUCCAGUGGCUGGUGACGAUGUAAUCGGAAUGGAUCUAUAUCGUCCAUUCGAUAUUUCCAUCCUUACGGGCAAGUCAAUGGACGACAUUCGUAUGCGCGUAGUGUUCCACCCGGCUAGUCGCUACCCUGCUAGCUGGAAAGAAGGCGAUAACGACAAUAUCCCGCUGCCAACGUUUUUCAUCAUCUCCCGCACUCUGCCAGUAUUUCUGCGCCUCGCGCUCACGAAGGCGCUAUAUGAAGGCUUUCGGGGUCCCAAUGCGAGGGGCGACCUACUCGAGGCGAUGCAGACUGGGCAAGGCAAUGUGAUCCUCCUGCUAGUGGAGAUGCUUGAACAGAUAUCGGCAUCUAUGAUUGACCAACCACCACCGCUGAACGAGGUCAUGGCAGGUCUGCUGCCGCGCAAGCCCGUGCCGGCGGUCGAUGACGGCAUCGCAAGUACUACCGAAACACUGCGCAUGCAGAAGAAGAAACCGCUACAGGGAAGACCAGCUCAUAUGCGUCACAGUACCAUAGCCAAGAAUCCCAAAGUAGAUACGCUGCUACUGAAGCAGCAAGAACAGUGGCGCUCGUCAGUUGGGUACCAGCCAUUUAGAGAAGUUCGCGAAAGUCUCCCAGCUUGGGCAUUUCGGCAUCGUCUGCUGGACGUUCUCGGCACGGAUCGCGUCGUCAUUGUCGCUGGCGAGACAGGUUGCGGAAAGACGACACAGUGCCCUCAGUUCAUCCUCGAUCAAUGCAUCGAAGAAGGGAAAGGGAGCGAGUGCAAUAUAAUCGUCACGCAGCCUAGGCGUGUCUCAGCCAUGGGCGUCGCCGCGCGUGUUGCGGCCGAGAGGGGCGAGAAGCUCGAUUCGUCAUCCUCGGUGCUGGGAGUGGUAGGCUACGCAAUCCGCGGUGAAAGAAAGGCAAGCCGUGAAUGCCGCUUGCUGUUUACCACCACUGGAGUGCUCCUGCGUCGGCUUAGUAGCGGAGGUGACAGAGACCUCAGGGACAUCACCCAUAUUAUGGUGGACGAAGUGCACGAACGCAGUGUCGACAGCGACUUUUUGCUGCUUGAGCUGCGCGAAGUACUCAAGCGCAACACCAGAAUCAAGAUCAUCCUGAUGAGCGCAACGAUUCAACAGGAUUCGUUCGCUUGCUACUUUGGAGGUGCGCCUUGCUUGAACAUCCCUGGACGUACAUUUCCUGUUCAAGACUUCUACCUGGAGGAUGUCAUUAAGUUCAGCGGCUACAGACCGGACGGCGGACGGAGGGGUAGAACAGAGAACGUAACUGAAGAGCAGAAGCAUGGGAUGCGCGCCAGUCUCCUUGAUUCAGCCUUGCAGGAGGGCGAGAUCAGAGCUGUGGAGCAAAUCUCGCGCCAGGAGUGGACAGACUAUGAUCUCAUUGGAGCAUGUGCGCGGAUGGUUGUGGAUAGAGCUGAGCUGGAAGAGGCUCAGGGCAAGUCCCAGAAGGGAGUCGGCGGAGCGAUUUUGGUCUUCUGCAGCGGCUUCGGCGAGAUUCGGCAAGCCAUGGAUGCCAUCAAGAGCCACGUACGUGGCCGGAUCAACGUAUUGCCGCUGCACGCCAACCUUUCUCCCCAAGAGCAGCGUAAGGUAUUUGAACCACAAGACAAAACACGUAGGAAAAUCGUCGUUGCAACCAACGUGGCAGAGACCUCCAUCACCAUUCCCGAGAUAUCUUAUGUUAUCGACACUGGCAAGGUCAAAGAACAGCGCUUCGACGCGCAGUCCGGUCUGUCUCGGCUGCUGGAAGUCUGGGCAAGUCGGGCAGCUUGUAAACAAAGAAGGGGGCGUGCGGGCCGAACAAGAGAGGGAGAGUGCUUCAAGCUCUUUUCUCGCUUUACAGAAGAGCGCAAGAUGGCCUUGCAGCAGACUCCGGAGAUCCGCAGAGUCCCACUAGAAAAUCUAUUCCUGCAAGUGAAGGCUAUGCGCGAAGACGAAGACGUCAAAGCUUACCUAUUGCGGGCACUGGACCCGCCGGAGGUCACAGCGAUGGAAGCGGCUCUCAAGAACCUGAUCGAAGCUGGGGCAAUGCAACCUUCUGAAGCGUUCCGUGGAAAGCUGACGCCUCUCGGUCUCCAUCUUUCGAGGUUGCCGCUGGACCUGCGCCUAGGAAAGAUUUUGAUCUUGGGUGGGGUUUUGGGCUGCCUGUCGCCUGCCUUAACCAUUGCAGCCAUGAUGUCCGGAAAGCCACUUUUUACUGCCCCAUUUGAAGAGCGAGAGAAAGCGAGCAAAGCACGAGCCAAGUUUUCAGGAGGAACGUCUAGUGACUUCCUGUGUAACACGAACGCUUUUGAAGCAUGGCGUAAGCUGCGUGGAGAAGGAGCGCCUGCAUCGGCCGUCCGCUCAUUCUGCGAAGAGAAUUACAUCUCCCAAUCUGCGCUGCGCGAGGUCCUCAGCAACCGCUCCGACCUGGCCCAGCACCUACACGAAAUUGGCUUCAUUCCACGCGACGUGGUUGCAGCAAUCACCGACAUCAGAGGCCCAGCAACCGAAUGGGACAUUCAUGCCGACAACCAAGAGCUCAUCAAAUCUGUGAUCGCAGCAGGUCUUUGGCCGUCGGUCGUACGCAUCGCAAUGCCAAAUGCCAAAUUUGACCAAGGAAUUGCAGGCACCAUCCAGCGAGAUCACGAGGCGAAAGCCGUCAAGUUUUUCGAUGCAAGCGGCGACCUUGGCCGGAUAUUCUUGCACCCUGCCUCCACGCUUUUUGCUGCAACUGAGUUCAAGUCUAGCUACUUGUCCGUCUUCCAGAAAAGUGCAAGUGGCGGUCAGAACAAAGUCUUUGCAAGGGAGGCAAAUGAAGCUCCUUUGUUGGGCUUGCUGCUUCUCAGCGCUGGGCAAGUGGUAUUUGAUCACUUCAAAGGUGGCCUCGAGGUAAAAUCAUCAGCACACGGUUCGGUCACUUACGUCCGGGUCAGAGCCGAUGCUAGAAUCGGAGUUCUCUGCAACCAGCUGCGCCGCCUUCUCGAUGCUGUCCUCGAUGAUGCGAUUGAGCAGCCGGGAAGGUUGCUUUCAUCUCACAGCCAGACUAUCUUGAACACAGUCGCUGCGGUCCUACAACAAUAGCUCAAUAGCAUGUGUAGUCACGCAUCGUUUCGGUGAAUCCCAAAGAAUUCACCACACUAUCGUUUGGGUAUGCGUCUGAAUCGUCGCUUCCCUCGGAUGGAAAAAAUUGAACACUAAUGUUCUAGAGCUCAAGUCUGAUUGCAAAGAGAAUGCAGGGGUUUCUCUCGAGAUUGAUUACACUUGCACACAAUGGAAAACAAGAUGCAUAGAACCAGCGAAGCGAGAAAGGAAUGCUGAUU